AUGGUUUCGGCACACCAACACCCUCCACCGGCCAUCCCCCCGUCGCCGACCCUGUCCAAUCCGGACAUGAUCCUUCCCUUCGAUGACACCGAGCGCGAAAAUUCCACUCCGUCCCCGCCGUUCAAUCUGCCCUCGCUAUCCCACCUUCAGUCCUUCUACGAAAGUCGAACAAACCACGCGAACGGGUACAACAACCUGGACCCAACGAGGACUAGCGCGCCACGGACCCAUAAACAGGCCUUUCCGCGGCACACGUGGAUGAACGAAGGCCUUCACGAUGCUUCCAGUCGUCGCUUAUCAGCCAUAGGGGAAGAGGAUACCACGUCGCCCUAUCGGUCUGGAAGGAAUUCACAAGGCUCGGCGGUGGAACGACAUAGUCGCGUUUUGGACUCGCCAGUAUCGAUGCGCGAGAAAGGCGAUUUCGAAGGUGCUGAAUCCCGAGCGCACAGCAGCUCGUCAAGCUCGACGAUCAGCGGAGCGAGUGAGACUUCGUCAUGGGAUGAGACAAAAGCGCGCGCAGACUACGUGUCUGCAAAAGAGAUUCGUGGAUCGAGAGAAGACCGCCGCGCAGCCCCUGCGCCGUCAAACAGUGCACAGUCGACCUCAAACGCGCCGGCGGCCAAUGAGAAAGACGAUCCGGACGAGGACUUGUCCGCGAUCAUUUUGGAGAGUGAGGCAGAGCGGAUUUUAGAGAACGCGAAGAGACGAUUGUCGCUUAUGGAGGGAAACUUAACACGAGCUCGCUCCACAAUGCGCUCAACUACUCCGUCGCUUUCAUCCUCACCGGUGCCUUCCGCUCCCUCGCCUGGUCUAGGACAGCCCGUUGGUGGCUUGUACCAGUCGAUUCACCGCGCAGCUGACCGCAGGUCCUCCAAUCUCCGGCCACGACAGACAUAUAAGUCGCAGGUUACAAGUAACAAUAGGCAUUCGCGAGUUUAUAGCGAGACCAACCUGCCGUCCAACCCACGGGAUGUUGGGAAGACUAUGUCCCGAUCUGUGAGCGCGAUGGGCUCUAGCACGAGCUCCGACUUCCAUAAUGAUGAGCGCUCUUUUCAUUACGCGCCCACUCGGGCGUAUCUUACUCACCGCGCGUCGGUCUCGUCUAUACAGCAGAAUCACUUAGUUCCAUCUGUGAAGGAACGCGCAUCCUCUAAUUCGCCUUCGAUUGAAGGAGUAGAGGAAGAGGAGGCGAAAAUCUCGAAUAUGGAAGAAUUCAAUACUGCUUAUCCAGUUCAUGACCCCCCUUCUCGCUCCCAAUCCCAGCUCCAGGUGCGCGACCUGCAGGAUCAGAUGAAAGGGCUUCACAUCAAGAUCUCGACUCUGAAGGUGAAGGCACAGGAGGAUGGUCUGCGGCGCCGCAGCCUACAGAGUUUGCGCACGCCCAGCCCUUUGACAGCCGCAAACCAUUGGCCUUCCGAGGCUCUGCAGUCGUCGGACGGCGCUAUCGUUGCAGCCUUUGAACUAACCGACCAUGAGAGCGAUCACUCGACCGCGGAAAGCCUCUACGAAGAUGCAGAGGAGGACAUCGACCGUGAGGCGUUAGAGGAGAUUCUACGAGAACCUCUGGAUGAUGACCUCGCUGAUGGCGAGCUGGAGUCGCUUCCAGCGGUUGACGAUACUCCGCACGAAGAACGUGAGGACGCUUUUGACUACGAGCACUUUAUUCUGCAUAGCGCAUUGGGCAAUUACACACAGACGCGACUCCGUCGGCAAAGCAAUGCGUCGGAAACGUCAGUUGAGACCACCCGGCCAAUCAACAAGCGCCGCUCUAUGCGUUCUAUAAAGCAUUCCAGGUCCAACAGCAACAACUCUAUAUCCACGAUCGCAACCUUUGCAACAGCCGCGGAAGGCAGGGACGACAUCGAAAGUGUUCUGUACUGGGACCGGAAAUUUAAUGAUGAACCCGAGGAUGAACAAACAGACAUCGACCCUGAACCAGAACGCAACCCUCGCAAAUCGCUCGCAGUCGAAUCGGUCGCCUCACAGCGUCCUGACUCUGCAGCAACCGGCUCCGCAACACCAACGUCGCUUGCCUCGUCGCUUGUCUCGACAGUGCGUGCGGCAGCAAGCCCACAUCCAAACUCCACGAACAGCCACCUAGGUAUUAAUGAAGACGACACUCGGUUGCUCGAACAGCUGUUCAAAAGUCUAGGCGACGUUUGCAUGAACUUGCAGGAACUUACGACGUCACCGGACUAUGACGAGAAGCAAGCGAAGCUACUCAGGCGACGGUUAGAGGCCGCGAGGCGCGUGCUUGAUGGCGAGCUUGAUUGAUCGACGGAAUUUCCUUAUCUAUAAUUAAUGGUGGUGAUUUUUGUGAUACCCAUAUAUAUAGUCUAUUUAUUUGAGGAAGAGAUAUAUGAGAGUAUUUAUUAGAUUUUUUACAGUAACUGCAAGAGAUUAGGGAUUAGCACAGCACGUGUUGCCGCGUGGCUGGUACGCGAUUUGUCUUUUCGAGUAAACCCAAU